ACCAAAACCCAGAACCUUCUUCCCCAACCGUCUUUCCCAAAAUAUUUCCCAAAUCCUGAGGAGAAAACCCUAAAUUAUCUAAUUCCCUUCCUCCGCAUCACCACCAACAUUAACAAAUCCCAAUCUUCUUUACAUCUCUCUCUCUCUCUCUCUCUCUCUCUCUCUCUCUCUCUCUCUUUACGAUUGUCUCUGCAACGCAACAAUGGCGGUCUCGUCGUUUUAUUUCCACACGGUGUUAUUGCUUCUCCUGCUGACGCUGUGUCCAUCUUCGUCUUGGGCUCUGAUUUCAUCCCCUAAUUUCAAUCCCCCAUAUCCCAAAGCAAUUUCUGAUUUGAAGGAGGCUACGGUGAAGUUCUUGGGGAUUCAAGCUGAUGAUUUUAAGAUUUCUGGGUUCGAUGUGAGAGAUGCGAAGGUGGGUCAUUCGGUGGCAUACGAGUUCGAUGUGGAGGUUGACAACAAGGUCCUUCCUUUCAAGCUUUUGGAGGACGUUAACAGAUGGGACUACGUGGAUUUGCCUAUAUUUCAGUUCGAGGAACCCGGUAGACCUGGUGAUGAGAAAGCCCUGGUUCAGAAGAGCAAAUCGGAUACUGGGUUAUCCCCUGUUUUGGCUCCCUUUCAGCUCGCUGGGCCAAUGGAGCUUUGGAUUCAGGACGCUAAGGAUAUGAGAAUCUCCCUUCCCCAUGAUGUGGAUGCUGGUGUCUUAAAGAAAGUGAUCUUAGCAGAUGGUGCUGUGGUCACUGUCAAGGGUGCAAGAUCAGUUAGCUUGCGCCACCCACUUGAUCUGCCAUUGCCUUUGAAUAGGUCUGAUAAUGGUUUUGCCUCAGGACUGUUCAGGUUGGCUGAAUGGUUGCGCCAAGCUUCCCGCAGUCAAGAAACUCCAUUACUGUCACUCCGCAUUGUUGGUCCAACCUCUCUUACAUCUCCUUCAACAUCAUCUCCUUCCUCUACUAACAAGCUUAAGCUUAAGCGCCUCGCCCCAGGUCUUGUGGAGUUAUCCUCAUGGUCUAAAACCAAAGCCAUUGAGACCCUUUCAUCUUUUGAUGGCCAAGAAGCUACUGCCCUGUUGACUCCCAGUCAUUUCACCACAAUGUGGCCUCUUGCUUCUAUCAAUGGCUCAAACUCAAACCUGAUUGGUUUCGAGACGCUGCUCGCAUCUGUGCUUGGUCCCAAAGCUAACAAGAAAGGUUCCUUUAAGUUGUUGAAAGCGGAUGUAUCAUCACAGACAUUUAUGAAGAUUGGCUUUGCGGUGGAGAAGAAGUUGAAAAAGGGAGAUGGUGUUUGGGAAGGAUUUCCUGAGUGGAGAACAAUGCCUGAGAAUGUAAAGAUGCAUUUUGAGGUGCUGGCUAAGGUGGAUGGUAACAAGUUUGUGCCUGAGAGAAUAACGCCCGUUAAACCUCUCCUUAUUGAGGAUACUGUUGCAUCUAAUGAGCUUUUGGGGAAUGUUAGCAUGUCAAGGGUUCCUAUCGUUCACCCUCCUCCGGACCCCUUUGCCUUGUAAAUUGUUUGAGAGGUUUCAUGGUUUUAGUGCGUUGCAGGAAUCAAAGUGUAAAGAUAGCUUUUGUUUUUUUUUUUUUUUUUUUUUUUUUUUUUUGUAGGGUUUAAUGUGGUAAGUUUGUAAAAUGUUGUUAAAAUAUAAUAAUUCAACCUAACGAGAAAAUGCCAGUACAUUUCUCUAUUAUGUGAUUCUCUUAUAGGGAAAAGAAAAGUUGGAAGCUUCGAAAAAAGGAUGAAAUGGUAGGUAUCGGGUCAUUUCUUUCCUUACCGCGUCUCUUGUACCUAAAGCAUUAAACUGUCCCAUGGAAAUUUUAUAUAAAACAAUUGAAUGAUUCAACGA